UCCAUCUGUUCGCAUGGCGGAAUUCAAGGGUACGAAUGGGUUUCGCGCUAAUUCUUUCCAGCCACGGUAGCUGAGCCCUACGCGUUCGAAAGUUAGCGGCAGGAGCGUGGGGUCGCGUGGGCGAUGCAGGCGUUAAUUGGGGAGGUGGCGCAGGAUGGCAUCGGCAGCCCCGUCAGGAUGAAGGUGAAGAUCGGCGCGCCCGCGAAGCGCAGGAAGCCCAAGGAGCCGCACUUCGAGGACGGCGACAAGGAGAAUAUCGAGAACCUCAAAGAGUCCCACGACCGUCGCGGCAAGCAGCAUGAGCUCGGGGGCGUCGUCGCGAUGGCUGAGGGCGUCUUGCAGGAUUCGAAGCGGCAGGACAAGUUCAACGGCGGCGGCAAGGAUAAGAUCGAGGACGGCGUGAAGGUGUUGGUGGGCGGCGCGGCGACUUUCUGCGAGGAGCGUGAGGCCAAGCGGAAGGAGCAGGAAGGCACCGUCAAACACUGCACGAUGUUCAAGGGUUCGGGCGACUCGACGGCGUUGGCCGACGUGGUUCCGCUUGGCCGGACGGUCCUGCGCGCGGCGGCGCUGCCCCUGGCCCGUGCUCGGCCGUCGGCCGCUGAGGCCGCCGCCGCGCAGGCUAGGCUCCCGAGCCGUCAGGUGGAGGGCUCGGAGCAGAAGGCGGCCGUGGGCUCCGAUGGGCUUGGCGAGCCUCUGCGUGCCCCCACGCCCCUGAUGGCCGAAGGCGCGACGCUGCGCGGGCAUGCUGCUCGCGGAGGCGUUCUAGGCCGAGGCCGAGGCCGCGCGGCGGGCACUGGAGCGGCGCCAGGCGGAGUGGCGGCGCUGCUGUGCUGCUGCGGAUGCGGCGGAGACCCAGCUUAGUGGAUGCUGCGGAUGCUGCGGAUGCGGCCUGAGUGGAUGCGGCGGCCAGGAUCGAGGUUAGGUUGGUCUCCUCGGCUACCUUCGCGCAGGCCAGCCGUAGGCGGUAUCGGCGCGUCUUGCGAUGGUGCCGCCUGGUGGCUAGGGGCGAGCGGGCGGCGGCGGCGGCGGCCCGCGAGGGCGGCCAGGGCGCGGCCCGCAACAUUGCAUGAAUUCGCCCACGGCCCUCGCUGCCCAUGAAGAGCCAAAAAUGCCCGCACCGUGCCCCGCUGUGCGCGCCGCCAACUGGUUGUAAGUAAUCGAAUAUCCUGGCGUUGUUCCUCCGAGUCGGGAUCUGCUGGGGCCCGUCUCGGGCCCAGGGGCCGCGCCGGG